AAUGAAAAAGAAGAUCCCAUGGCUGAAGAACAGUCUGGUGAGUCAACCCCUGAUUAUUCUGAGUAUAUGACAGGAAAGAAAUUUCCUCCUGAAGGAAUACCUGGCAUUGAUCUUUCUGAUCCCAAACAGCUGGCAGAAUUUACUAGUAUGAAACCCAAAAAGCCAAAAGGAGACUUUCCAAGACCUAUAUCAUGCUCUCAUAAAGGCUGUGAGAAGAAGUUCAAAGAUAAUUCUGCUAUGAGAAAGCACUUGCACAUCCAUGGGCCUAGAAUGCAUGUCUGUGCAGAAUGUGGCAAGGCUUUUGUUGAGAGUUCGAAGCUGAAACGUCAUCAGCUGGUUCACACUGGAGAGAAGCCCUACCAGUGUACCUUUGAAGGCUGUGGGAGACGCUUUUCCCUGGAUUUCAAUUUGCGCACACAUGUGCGAAUCCAUACUGGAGACAAACCCUUCGUGUGCCCAUUUGAUGCCUGCAACAAGAAGUUUGCUCAGUCGACAAACCUGAAAUCGCAUAUCUUAACACAUGUUAAGAAUAAGAUUGACCAGUAUAAAGAAGGGAGACCCUUUUGAAGCCUGGGAAGUAUUUUACAGUAAUGUGCCUGAGAAUAAAUAUACUCCUAGUUUGAAUAGUUUCUAGGAAAGUUAUUGCAAAUAAAUUUUGUACAUAUCUGAAGUUUACGUUUUGA